AUGUUGAAAUCGAGCAGAUUGGACUCGCACGAGUCUUGCUCAGCUCGGGGCUUGCAGCUUGACCUAAAAUCUUGGUGGAAGAACCAGCGACGGUUCGCAAAGUCGAAAACAAAAAAAAAACAGAUUGAAAUUCCAUUGGCAAAAAAGAAAGUUGGAAUGAUCGAAAAGUCCGUGCAAUAUUUAUCGUUCGAACCAAUAACUUGAGGAAUGUAAGAAAUCAGCUCAAGCAGCCGAAACAUUAUUUGUUUCACUUUCACAAUACAAUAUGCUUUUCAACCUAUAUGCAAGCCCAUACUUAGAAUACUGCUGACAAAGUUUUUGCCUGUCUAUCAACCCACAUCUUUCUUUCAUUCUAGAGAAAAUUUAUCGAACCUUUACAAGAGAAAUAUUCAUUAGAAGAAACGCUAGUUUUUUGUGAUACUUAGACCGUCUGGAGAUUCUUAACCUUGUACAUGUUUUCCGUAAGAGAACAAUCACGGCUUUGCUCACACUUCGAAAAAUUGUCCUGGGCAUAUACCAUUUUCCAAGCGUAGAAAAAAACUUCAGAAGAACUCAUUCGCCUCGAAAGUCUCUUCGGCUUGUUCAGACGGAUUCUCAUUUUUCGAACUUUUUUAGCUCGGUCAUUCCAAUUUGGAAUCGGCUCUGCUCUAGAUAUGAUCACAACAUUUCGCCAACCAGCUUUAGAAGGAUCCUCGACUCGCUUUCGAGGAUCGCGAACGUGCCGGCCAGACCCUAGGGAAAUUUUUUCACAAUCACUUAAAUUUACGCGUAUAAUCAUUCCCGGUAUCUGCACUCGUUGGGGUGCUGAAAAAUCGGGUUUAUUUAUUUCAAUUCACCUCAGUUUUGUGUCCAUCACAUCACUUGUCCUGAUUUUUCACUGACGAUAUUUUUGUGAAUGAAAUAAAUCAUUAUUAUUAAACGCUAAAUAAUGAGCUCGAGUUCUCUUUGAAGGUUUUCAAACAAUUUGGAUCUGAUUUUUUUUUAUUACGGCAUGAUUUUGAAAUUUUACAAAGGACUUGGGGUGAGCAACAUGCCUUCGAGAAAGUCGGCGAUUUUAUUUUUAAAUAAUUUUUUAAAGUUUGUUAAAGACUAAAAAAAGUUUUCCAGCAACCGUCGAGAUGAGACUCCUCGUUUAUGUCACAUGAACAAUGUGCAUUGCAAAGCCCAGAACGUCCAUCGAAAAGGAUGACGUCAAGAGUUUGGGCGUAUCUAAUGAUUCGAACCGGUGACUGCAUUGAUAAGCUCAUCAAAAGAUAAUUUAUGAGCUGAUAAGCCUUUUGAGAGCUUCUCAUAGUGCGGCCAACAUGCGACUCUUUCUUUUUGGACUACUGUAGGUCUAUAACUUCAUUCUUUGUGAACUGUGACAUAUUUUAGAGUUCUUCUCCCCAGGGAGGUGCAAUCACAAAGUUCUAUGUCAACAAUAAGUGAGUUUUUUCUGCAAUUUUUGAGAAAUGCUUCCAAUUAUCCUUUUUUGAAAAGAAAAUAAAUUAAAGUUUUUUCAAUUAUCUGAAAUCUGAGAAAAAAAAGGAGACAGAGAAACAGAAAAUCGAACGAAUGAAACGAGUCAAGGAGGGUGUAUUUGAAAACGCCCAGCCUUUAUGAGUUUUUUGACCUCAAAAAUACACGGCUUGUUAAAAAAAAUUGUGAGAGGUUGUCUAAUCAUCAGCAUUUUCUCUCCCUUCCUCUGCUUUUUUUCGAAAAUUAAAUUGCUUUGUUCUACGUUACCUAUUUUGAGUUUGAUUCACAAUUAGUGGAAAAAUUAGAAUGAACCGAACGAGAGUGACUCUGACGAAGAGAAUAAAAAAAAUGAAUAGGGCUUAGAAAUGCCAAAAGAUCUAUGUCGUGUUUAUUCUGAUUCCGCAACUAGCUGCGUAGCUGAAUAAAUGUUCAAAAUCUCACCUCAAAAUCGUUUCCUGAUGUAGGUACAAGUCCGGCCUUCGAAAGCUCGAGUGGCUCCAGCCAUUCAACGUCGACCAUUUCGCCUGCAACGAAAACUUCGAAAGGCUCCACGAUUUCCAAAGGAACCGAAAAUCCCACGGGAUCGCCUGCCUCCACCUCCGAAUCAGCCAGCUCCACAACGGGUCGGAAAGAAAAUAUUCUUUGAAGAAUACUCGAAAGUUUUCGACGAUAGAUAAAACCACAUUACCAACUUUUACUGAAGACGAAAUAUUUUUGAUUUUGAAAAAUGCUCCGUUUUUCCGAAUGAAAAUUAGGACGUCAAAUUUGAAGACCCGUUGAUUUAUGAAAGAAUAAGUUCUAUACUUCUCCAUUUUAUUUCCCUGCCCUUGCUUAACUACCUGUGUUGCAGGACAACCCGAAACUACAGGAACUACUACAACGGCUCAGUUGCCCAAUGUUACCGUCAACUACAUCAGUACGUAAUGCACAUCUGAAGACUCUGAAAUAAAAACUGCACAUAUUCAAACCAAUACCUUCUUUCAAGGCUUUGCGGUUCACUGUGACGUUGGCGACGGAGGAAAAUGCGUAUACCAAUACGACACUCCGAAGAACGAUGCCGGCUUCGUCGCGACGGAGCAAAGUCUUGUCAACGACGACAAGAUUCAGUAUAACCGAUUGAAUAAUGUUCUUGUUUUGGAAAAGCUUAAAUUUGGCAAUUUUUGCUAGAACGCGACGAAGAUACUCGGAAACGCCAAAAAAGCAAACGAUGACGCCGUGAAGAAACUACAAAAUCUCCAGGCACAACUCGCCGCUAUACAACUGUAAGUUCAAAGAAGAAUAUAAAGAACAACUUGAAAAUCGAACAAGGAAAGGAAUUUUCUUGAAAAGGGAAAGUUUGAAAUGGGAUUCUUCGUCAACAAAGUUUUGUCAUUCGACUAAGUUUCUGGUUUUUUUUUUCAUACUUUCUAUGGGCAUAUUACAGUAUAGCCCCCCCGUAUAUGUUGGAUAUCACCCCCCGCGACACGUUCGAACAAGCCCCCCACACUUAUCCAAUAUAGCCCCCCGGAACUAUCCAGUAUAACCCCCCACACCGAAAAAAAGUCACGCAACGAUCACGCAGGACACGUGUCAGAGCUUCCAUUUUUUAAUUUAUUUUCUAAUUUUUUCGUAUCAUUCGUCGUUCUUGGUUGUUUCAAAUGGUUUUUUUUUGUAUUUUCGCAUGUAAAUUCGUGUUCUUUUUGUGAAUUUAAUAAUUUUUGUGAUUUGUUUUUUAGACCAUGGAAGAAAUUAGGUCGCUGACCGAGUUUCAUGAGAAGUUCAAGUCAGACAAAGAAGUUUACGGGUACGUCUCGCCGAGAUACGUACGAAUAUCAUUAAAUUAUGGGCGCUGGCCACUUAGAAAAAUUUAAGAUGAACUUUAUUAGUUUUCAAUAAAGUAAUUGUUCUGAGGAAUAGAAUUUUUUGCUUUUUCUUUUCAUGCACAUUAAUUAAUAAAUUACUUAGGAAAAUAGGCUUAGUUUUAAGGCUUCACACGGAGGCGGAGCGCGCAUAGCGCGAAGCCGACUGUGGCUCGCUUCGAAAAAACUGAGCCACAGUGAACAAUUCGUCAAAUAAAUAAAAUACUUGACAUAGAGGGGGGUCAUUCUGAAAUAGAGGGGGGCCAUUCUGAAAUGGGAGGGGGCCAUUCUGAAAUGGAGGGGGCCAUUCUGAAAUGGGAGGGGGCUUGUUCGAAUGAGCUCUGGGGGACUAUUUCAAAGCCGUGCGGGGGGCAAAUAUGAAAGAUUGCCUAGGCAUUUCAGAAUCGCCCCCCGUUUUGUACUGUGGGGGGCCAUUCUAGAAUACAUAUUCACCCCCCGCGUUCGAUUCUUCCCCCCACAUGAAGUCCUCCUAUUUUACCCCCCACAGAUCGGAACUUGGCUUGGUGGGGGGCUUGUUGGAACGCGGGGGGCAAAAACAGUGUGGGGGGCGAUUCUGGAAUUUUCCCCUUUCUAUAAAUUGGUAAUUUUAAUUUUCAUCGAUGAAAAAAGGACGUACAGUAAAAAUGAAUUGUAAAAAUAAGGCUUUUAAAAGAUCCUCCGGCUUCUACAGAGUGUCCUCUUUCGAUUGAAAAAGUCUGAACAACAAAAGAGAUUUGUAUCGAGGUUAAUUCUUUUGACAUACUCUUGACCUAUAUGUAUAUUCAAACGAAAUACCGUCCAAAGAGCUCAUAAUUGAGUUUUCGACCAUUUAUUUCUCAUAUUACAGAGAACUGGACGCCCUUUCGGCCACGAUGAACAACAUCACGGCCUUGCAGUCGACCACCGGGGGAUUCAUCUCGCAGGCGAACAGCUACUUCGACAGCAUCCGCAAGAACCAAGUCAACUCCUGCUACUACAUGUCUUGUCUCAAACGUUAGCUAUCCCUCCACCCUCAGAUAAAGACCCAUCUGUUUCAGCCACGCCACCGCCGCCACCACGUAAGGAGAAGUCUUUUUCUUCAGAAAAGUCCAACAGGAGCGAAAAGAUUGACUCUAAUUCUGCUCCAUGCGUCUUUAUAAUCUGUUUGAAGUAUUUUUUAAGUAGUGGAAAACAAAGCCAAUCGUAGGAAAUAGUAGCAAGAGAAGAUGAUCAAAUUUACAACCUUUCUAAUUUUUUCCAAAGUUUCCAUACCAGGGCUGUACGAAGAAAUUUCAGAAAAAAUGUCGACUUAUGCAUAAAGUAACCAUAAAAGACCAAAACAAGGCCUACGGGUAUCUGCCGCAGAUAAAAGGUAAAAAUUUUAGCGGCGACGACACCGACUCCGCCGCCGACCACGUCGAGUCCUUGUGCCAACUUUUGUCCUGUGAACACUACGUGCUCGGUGGAUUCCAGCAUGAAGCCCUUCUGCUCGCCGUGUGAAGGAAACCUCAACGGUUACCAGAGCUGCGAAAUGAGUGGGACCGCUGACCGUAGGCCUCAUCGCAUAAAUACUUCCAGGCAUCUGCACGAACGGCGCCAUCUUCACGGACGGAACUGAUGCGCCGUUCGUUUCCCCAGGCUUCUACUACGCGAACAAAAGCGUUACGGUCGGGGUGCCAACGUCUAAAACUUGUACCUGGACUGUGAAUCCGAACGCAACUGGAUUAGGCUAUGCAGUUUUUCUAACAUUGUCCAAUUCCAAAUCCCAACAAUCAUUUCAGGUGAACAAUGUAACUGUAACGUCCCUUGAUCCUUCAGUGUCACUCUCGAUCACGUACGGCUCCACCACGCAAAAGUGAAUUACACAUUGGUAGCUCACCUUUGAAACUAUUCAGGAUCACAAACGCGACUGUUUCGGAAAGACUUUUGGGUCUUAUUUUCGGCAGACCCAACACGGCGUUUACUGUGACCAUGACGACUACAAGCUCGACACCGAAUAGUACCUUCUUCUAUUGGUUGCUCACGCCGAAAACAGCAGCUACCGAGGAAAUCGAACCUUCAGCGUACCUGUAUCAACUUUAUGGAAUUUAA